CAAAUGCAAGGUCCUGUCCCGGUCCGGUGACUCCCUUACGUGCUAAUGGAUCCCAGUUCGAAACGCUCACUCGGGCAGAAAAGCUUCCCAAAUUUCAAAGAGUUGUGUGCCAAGGACAGUGCAGAGAGCAGGAAUCUGCGCACGAAGGAGGGACUCUCCAAGAAGGCCACCCUGGAGAACAACCCCCAGAGAGCCCAGAUGGUGCAGCAGCAGAAGGGCAAGGGCACCAUCCCCUUCCUUGGCACAUUCCUCACUGAGCUGGUGAUGCUGGACACUGCCAUGAAGGACCACGUGGACGGGAAUCUCGUCAACUGUGAGAAAAUUACAAAGGAAGCCAAAGUUCUCCAGGAGAUACAGCUGUUCCAGGUGGCAGCGAGUAAAUAUAAUUUUCAGCGUGAGGAGAAGGUUGAGGUCUGGUUCCACUCGAGGGAGUGGCUCAGUGAGAACGAAAGCUACAACCUGUCCUGCCUUCUGGAGCCCCGACAGCGGCGGGACAGCAGCACACUCAGGAACAGGAAGAUUUCAUCAUGA